UUUCUGCCACUGCGCUUUGUGGCUUUUUGUCCUCACCCGGUCUCCGUACACUGCACGCCUGUGAUUGGUCAAUACGCGGUACAAGCCAAAUACAAUCGUUUGGAGAACGACUGCCGGAUCACGUUCAAGAUGAGUCUGAGAAAACAAACCCCGAGCGACUUUCUGAAGCAGAUAAUCGGGAGACCUGUGGUGGUCAAACUGAACUCUGGUGUCGAUUACAGAGGUGUCCUGGCCUGCCUCGAUGGUUACAUGAACAUUGCCAUAGAGCAAACCGAGGAGUAUGUGAAUGGGCAGCUCAAGAACAAGUACGGAGAUGCUUUUCUAAGAGGAAACAAUGUCCUCUACAUCAGCACCCAGAAGAGGAAAGCAUAGUGAAGACUCUUCUGUUUUUCUUUUUUUAUUUCCCAGUGGUAGAUGUGUCAGUGGAUAACUGUCCUGUUUUUUGUUCUGAAAAGCCUUGAAUGUUGACUUUAGUUGAAAUUGUUGUUGAAAUCAGUUAAUAAACUCUUGAGUUUUCUUUUA